UCGGAGACUCUUUAUUGAUAUAUAAAUUACGGAGUUGCUGGGGUUAAUCCAUACACAGGAAAGGGGGAGAGAAGCGCACCCGCCUGGAGCAAGAACUUCAAAUAUAUCUUGAAAAUCUGGGAAAAGGAGUGCAAAUUAUGUUUGAGUACACAAGAAACAUUUGACGUACUUUCCUCAUCUGGGGGAAAAAAAGUUGUAGAUCAUUCAAUGCCUAACAUCGUAGACUCUCAAUUAGAGAGUGAUUCUGAAGAAAAUGGGCACAAAACUGGAAGAAAAGCUUCAGAAGUUAAUCUGCAUGGUACUGUAAAAUCAUUUUGUGCUCCAGGUACCUCAGUUGCAUCUCUGGGUUCUAGUGGGGACAGGCAUUAUCCAUGGGGAUGUCCUGUGACUCACACCCGAGAAAAGUUUUAUACCAUUUGUUCAGACUACGCUUUUUUAAAUCAGGUAACAUCUAUUUGCAAAAGCCCAAGUGCUACAGUUAGUGCCUGCUUGCAAGAAAAUGCUGCCUUAAAUGAUGAAAAUAAUUCUGGUUUUAUUAGUGUUCGAACUGGACCAUCGGAUUUAGUUUACAAUGAAGAUUCUAACCUGGAAAGUUUAUCUAUUAGUCUUGGAAAGCUGCCAUUGGCAUGGGAAAUUGAUAAGUCUGAAUUCAGUGAUACAUCCCCAGAUUUGAAGAAUCGAGCAGGGAAUCUGAAGAAACAGGGAAGCAAGAAAACGAUUGUAGAUAAAAGAAGUAAACAAUACAGGGAAUGUCCACAGCAUUACACCCUGGAAGAAAUAAAGCCACGGAAAGUGUUAGACCUCCGGAGAUGGUACUGCAUAAGUCGCCCCCAAUAUAAGACUUCCUGUGGGAUUUCCUCUCUAGUCUCUUGCUGGAAUUUCCUAUAUAGCACAAUGGGAGCUGGAAACUUGUCCCCUAUUACUCAAGAAGAGGCUUUGUACAUCUUGGGCUUCCAACCACCUUUUGAAGAGAUACGAUUUGGUCCGUUUACUGGAAAUACUACGUUAAUGAGGUGGUUCAGACAAAUUAAUGAUUAUUUCCAUGUAAAAGGAUGUUCCUAUUUUCUCUAUAAACCUCAUGGGAAGUAUAAGACUGCUGGAGAAACUGCUUCGGGCGCUUUAACAAAACUAACACAAGGGCUGCGAGAUGAAUCAAUGGCAUAUAUUUAUCAUUGCCAAAAUCAUUAUUUUUGUCCAAUUGGAUUUGAAGCAACUCCAAUAAAACCGAGCAAAGCAUAUAAAGGACGUCUCUUACAGCAAGAUGUGGAAUCCUGGAUACUCAUUGGGGAGCCAAGCAGAAAACACCCCACUAUUCACUGCAAAAAGUGGGCAGAUAUUGUAACAGACUUAAACACUCAGAAUCCUGAAUACCUAGAUAUUAGGCACUUGGAAAGGGGUCUUCAAUAUCGGAAGACAAAGAAGGUAGGGGGGAAUCUACAUUGUAUCAUUGCUCUGCAGAGGUUUAAUUGGCAUCGGUUUGGUCCUUGGAACUUUCCAUUUGGAAACGUUCAGCAAGAACUUCAGCCCCCAUCUCCAGCUCAGGGCUUAGCCAAAUCUGAGAGUGAAGACAACAUCUCCAAGAAGCAACGUGGGCGCCUUGGAAGAUCAUUCAGUGCUAACUUCCAUCAAGUUUCUGUUUGGAGGAAGCUGUCUCAUCUUCACGAAAGGCGGAAUAGUGGCCUUCAACGUUAUACCGACUGUGAUGGGAAAGACUAAAAGGGAACACUUUUUCAACUGUGCUACUGUAAUACAUUCCUAAAGCAUAGUAAUAACUUACUAUGCACAGAGAAAAGAAUGGAGAGAAAUUUCAUAUAAAACACAAUCUUAGGAAUGUUUGUUGCAUUAAGUAUGUAAUUGGUAUAUAAUACUAAUAUGUUGUAAUAGUUAUAUAUUGGAAAUAACAAGAAUAGUUAAUAAAAAGAUAAGCACAGAACACCGGGCACUGGCAAUCUAGUAUAAUUACUAAUUGAUUUAUGUUUCAGACCAUGAAAUCAGAACAGAUGUAGAUCAAAACAUUUGUGGACAGGAGAGUCUGUUAUUAGGUGAUACAGAUUAUAGUCAAAGCAUGAGAUUAUCAUCUUCGAAAAUGAUUAAUUAAUCGCAAACUAUAUAAUGACGACAAAUGUAUAAAGUAUAUUUGCUUUUAAAUAUUUUCAAAAAUGCAAUAAGGACAUCCUGGUACAAUUCAAAACUGACAAAAUACUAAAUGUCAAUAUAUAAUUAAUUGAUGGUCUGUUUAGCAGUGGAAAUCUUGUUCUAUACAACUUAAACUGUUUGAGUCGGCAGUUUGUAGUUACAGGCAAGAAACCUAUGAAAUCUAAUGGAAAGAUAAGGUAACUGCCUGUUUCUUUUAGAAGUGGUGCAGUAAAGACCAAAACCACCACUGCCAGUCAUAUACUUCUGUAGCAACUUUUUGUGUGACCUGAAUUCACUUCUCAGUUGAUUGACUGCUUUUAAAGAAACCUCUCACGCAUUUCAUAUGGCUAUCCAGUGAAUACCAAAACUUUCCUUCUUGGGCUGCAGUCAGUUCUUGUAAUAUUUUAAUUCUCUUUCACUUUACAACUUUAAUUGUUGAGGAAGAUGUUUAAGUGCCCAAAUAAACUGGCAGCCACAGCGAUAUACCUCUUCAGCCAGAGCACUGUUUGUAUUUUUUUCAAAUGAUCAUAUCAAGUAGUUUAAUUUGGAAGUAUAAUAUUGGUUCUCAUGGAGAAAAAAAUGUUUUAAUAAAAAAGAUCUU